GCACCGUCUGUCCGUCCGUCCGUCUGUCUGUCCGUGCAGGGCUCGCACAGCCAUGGGCCCGGCACUCGUGGCCAUCCUGGGGCUGGCAGCGCUGCUGCCCGCGGACGCGCUGCCCUGCGGAGCGCAGCGCCCGGACGGCAUCACGGCCUCCAAGCUGCCGGGGACCUGGCUGUACGUGGCAGGGGCUGCCCAGUUCCCCCGGCACCAAGUGGAGAUGCUGCUCAUCGACCACGCCUUGCUGCGCCUGGAGCCCGGGCCCGGCGGGCAGGACCUGCUCAUCAGCCACUUCGUGGCCGUGGGGGACCAAUGUUUUACCAACAACCUCACCUACCUGGAAGUCAUUGCCGGUAACGCCACGCUGGUGAAGAACGCCAUGACCCAGCAGACUGAGGGGAUGCUGAUGAACGUGAGCUCUGAAAACCUUUUACUCAUCCAGUACCAAAUGCAGAGGGAAAGGACCUAUUUGGGGCAGUAUCUCUACGCCAGGAACCUGAGCAUAAGCACAGCAGAGCGGGAGGAAUUCGAGCAGCACGCCGAGUGCCUGGGGCUGAGGGCGGAGCAGAUCGUGUACGCGCCCUGGAAAACGGACGUGUGUCAAGUGAAAGCAGCUGAAGGCAUCAACAGCCCCCGCCCAAAGCCCGUGGCUGCAGCCUGAGCAUCCCCUGCCCCAGGCACCCCCUGGCCUGGGAGGGCAGGGAACUGACCCCACGCAGGGC